UUCGGCUUCCCUAUUUAUUUUAAGCCCUUACCCUCUUCUUCUUCUUGUCUCCGUCUUCUUGCUAGUCUUCGUCCCGAACCCUAGCCCUAGGUUCGAGCGGCGGCGACUGAGAGCGGAUGGCGGUGGAAUCGGCGAUGCUCUCGCGGAUCGGGCUCGCGGGCCUGGCGGUGAUGGGCCAGAACCUGGCCCUCAACAUCGCCGAGAAGGGCUUCCCCAUCUCCGUCUACAACCGCACCGUCGCCAAGGUCGACGAGACCGUCGCUCGCGCCGCCUCCGAGGGCGGGCUGCCCCUCUUCGGCCACCGCUCGCCGCAGGACUUCGUGCUGUCCAUCAGUCGCCCCCGCUCCAUCGUCAUCCUCGUCAAGGCCGGCGCCCCCGUCGAUCAGACCAUCGACACGCUCUCCCGCUACCUGGAGCCCGGCGACGCCAUCAUCGACGGAGGUAACGAGUGGUACGAGAACACCGAGCGCCGUAUCCGCGAGGCCUCUGCCCGAGGCUUGCUCUACCUUGGUAUGGGCGUCUCCGGGGGCGAGGACGGCGCCCGCAACGGUCCCUCCCUCAUGCCGGGUGGAUCUCACCAGGCUUACGACAACAUCGAGAAUAUCCUCACCCGUAUAGCCGCCCAGGUCGAUGACGGUCCCUGUGUCACCUUCGUCGGGGAGGGCGGUGCCGGAAACUUCGUCAAGAUGGUCCACAACGGGAUUGAGUACGGUGACAUGCAGCUCAUCUCGGAGGCCUACGACGUACUCAGGAUCGUCGGCGGGUUGUCUAAUGCUGAGCUCGCUGAGACCUUCGCCGAAUGGAACCGUGGCGAGCUCGAAAGCUUCCUCAUCGAGAUCACUGCCGACAUCUUUGGAGUCCGCGAUGAGCAUGGGGACGGGGAGCUUGUCGACAAGAUCUUGGACAAAACCGGGAUGAAGGGUACUGGCAAAUGGACAGUCCAGCAGGCAGCUGAGCUCUCAAUUGCCGCCCCGACCAUAGCCGCCUCACUCGACUCUAGGUACCUCAGUGGCCUCAAGGAAGAGAGGGAGGCUGCCGCCAAGACACUAGAACAAGCCGGAAUAAGCAGCGCUGACUUCGCCACAUUCCGAUCUGUGGAUAAAAAACGUCUGAUUGAUGACGUACGACAGGCCCUCUACGCUUCCAAGAUCUGUAGCUAUGCCCAAGGAAUGAACUUGCUCAAAUCUAAGAGCGCGGAGAAGGGUUGGAACCUUAAUCUCGGGGAGCUAGCGAGAAUUUGGAAAGGCGGGUGCAUCAUAAGGGCCCGAUUCUUGGACAGGAUUAAGAAGGCUUAUGAGCGGAACCGAGGACUUGCAAACCUGAUCGUCGAUCCAGAGUUCGCAAAGGAGAUGGUACAGCGACAGGCAGCUUGGAGGAGGGUCGUCGGACUUGCGAUCGAGGCGGGGAUCAGCACCCCAGGUAUGUGCGCCAGCCUCGCUUACUUUGACACUUAUCGUCGGGCAAGGCUGCCUGCAAACUUGGUGCAGGCACAAAGAGACUAUUUUGGGGCGCACACCUACGAACGGGUCGACCGCCCAGGAUCUUUCCACACCGAGUGGUCUAAGAUCGCGAGGCAGGGUAGGGCCGGCACUGGAAUCCGUAGCUGAGGGGAUUUAGCUAAGUUUCAUUGUUGGGUUUUUCCAAUUCUAGUCAGACUUCUAAUAAAUUUUCAGCCUUUGAAUACGCCCUCUGAGGCCAUAUUUUUAAUCAUGAUUGUUGUAUCCUGCAUUGUGGGUUUUACUCGGACAAUGUUAUUUGGUUUGCUACUGCAAUUUGGUUCUGUUGAUGCCUUA